CCCAAGAUCUUGGUGUGGAUAUCACUGCUUCAAUUGAAACCAUCAACAUUGCUGAGCCUCCCAAGCGAUCUGGUGGAAAGAAGGUCGAGAGCGUCGAUGAGGUAUGUCAUGGAGGCUACUGAAGCUACAUGUUGAGCACAUCAACUCAUGUCGUUCUUCGUAGCUUAUCGACAAGCUCAAAAACGAAGCGAAGGUCCUAUGAGGUGUUAGAUCAGUCGAUCCUGUAGCUUCGAUAGUCCCAGACGGUUCACACACUUGACAUAGAAUCUGAUGGUGGCAUAUAGAACUCUUAUAGCCAUACGCAUAAAAAUCGAUACCUUGCAACACCUGCUUUCGUUCUAUCUAUAUGCGUGCGUGUUCGGACGUGCGGGCUGCGCGUACUUGGCAGUCCGACUUUUAAUAAACUUUCCAACUUUCUCACGCGACGAAUUCUCGGUGGUGAGCCUGCAUCUUGUUAUCAAGAUGGCUUCGAAUCCACUGAAACGUCCUGCGGACGAGAAGAAGCCGGCCUUCAAAAGGUUCAAGCCGCUAUCUACCUUUAGAAGCCCUCUAACGCCACAAACCCCCCCAGCGGGUGCCAAAGUCCUGAAGAAGACCCCGGCUCCGGCAGGCCACCCUUCAGCCAACUCGGCCGCGGAAACAUCAGAAGAAGUUGUCCGCUGCUACAGCGCUGUGUACAGGAAGCGGCAGCAAAAAAAGAACAAGACUUGGGAAGGAGAUGGAAUCGUGGUGAUGCGUAACAGCAAGUGUGUCCUCCUUGACAUGCAAGCGAAGGAGCUGGGCAAAGUAACGUUUGCGAACUCGGAUCCAUUGUCGGACGGAUGUCCUUUGAGUAUCGGGCGGCUGGAAGCAGAGGUCGGGGCCCCAAUCCCUUGGGAAAACUAUAUCAGCGGAAAGUGCUUUGUCAAGCAAUCUUUUGCAGCAGAGCCCAAGAAGAUCGCUUUGGCGGCGAAGACCUUCAAAAGUCUAUUCAGCGGUCCAAAGGACUCAUCUGCGUCUGCAUCCGUCACAACCCCACGUCAUAGCCCAGAUGCCCCCGAUGCGUUGGUGAUGCCGCGGCCCAAGGACACUGCGUCUAGAAAGAGAAAUGUGAUGGAUGUGGUAGUCGAUCCGUACAUUGCACGACAUCUUCGUGCGCACCAACGGCUAGGCGUUACGUUUCUCUACGAAUGCGUGAAUCAAAUGAAAGAUUACGAGGGAGCAGGUGCAAUCCUUGCAGAUGAAAUGGGACUAGGCAAAACGGUGCAGACAAUAGCACUAUUGUGGACUCUCCUGAAGCAGUCGAGCCACGUUGGUGUUCCGCCUUUGAAACGAGCCUUGGUUGUAUGCCCGGCAUCCCUUGUCAUCAACUGGAAGAACGAGUUCAAGAAGUGGCUAGGUGAUCAACGCAUCCAAGUGAUGGCGAUAACCACUGAUUCGGAGGCAGCGCAGAGCUUCAACGCCGGCCGCAUUUAUCAAGUGCUGGUGAUAGGUUAUGAGAAGAUGCGAUCUUGCUUCAAAACCAUACAGGAAGGGAACUUCGACAUCGUUGUCUGUGACGAGGGACAUCGACUGAAGAAUGCUCAGAUGCGCACCAGCCAAGCGCUCAACUCUAUUAAGACACGGCGGCGCGUCAUCUUGUCCGGCACACCGAUUCAGAAUGAUUUAGGAGAAUUUUACGCCAUGGUAGAUUUUGUCAACCCAGGUCUUCUUGGAACGGCCGCCACCUUCCGAAAAGUCUAUGAAGAACCGAUCAAGCGCAGUCGCGAGCCAGGCUGUAACACCACUGAGCUCGAACUGGGGCAAGCUCGUGCGGCAGAAUUAAGUCGUUUGACGGAGCUUUUCGUUCUGCGGAGGACGUCGGAAGUGAACUCUUGCUACCUUCCCGCAAAGCAUGAAAUGGUUCUUUUUGUCAGACCAACGCCAACGCAGACGGCGAUAUACAAGCAUGUUGUCAGGCUGUAUGACCGUACCCAUUUGACCGACCAGACGUCAACGAUGAGCAAUGCUUUGAAGUACAUCACGGUGUUGAAGAAACUCGUCAACUCGCCGACGUUGCUGUCGGAGGAGGAGACUGAGGGCUUUGAACACAAACUAGCAACGGAAAACAUGACAAACUCAGGCAAAAUGGAUCUUCUCGUCAUGUUGUUGCAUGAGAUCCGAACGAAGACUGAGGAAAAGGUGGUGAUUGUCUCCAAUUGGACACAAACCUUGGACUUAAUUGAAAGGCUCUGCGAGCAAAAAGGAUAUGACAGGCUGCGCCUCGACGGAAGCACGGCGGUGCAGAAUCGUCAAGAUCUGGUCGACAAGUUCAACAGCAACGCGUCGUGCUUCAUCUUCCUCCUCAGCAGCAAGGCGGGAGGUGUGGGGUUGAACUUGGUGGGGGCGUCUCGCUUGAUCUUGUUUGACAUCGACUGGAAUCCAAGUAUUUGCCAACAAGCCAUGGCCCGUAUCUGGCGUGAUGGCCAGCGCCGACCAGUGAAAAUAUAUCGAUUCUUGAGUACUGGCACGAUUGAGGAACGAAUCUAUCAAAGGCAGCUUACGAAGCUAGGUCUGAGCGAUAGCAUCAUUGAUCAAAAAGCUACUGAAGGGAACGGGUUCACCGUCGCAGACUUGAAGAACAUCUUCAAGCUCGAGUCCGAGACUGAAUGCCUCACUCAUGACCUCGUAGGAUGUAGCUGUUCGGGCAGGAAAGCGCUUCCCAUGGCCUCGGCAAUCGACUGCCUGGCUCAACUACAAGAAUGGUCGCAUAUCCCGACCUCAGGGGAAACCCCCACGGGAAAACAUGAAGAGCUAGCAGCGGCGGAUUGCGAGCUCGGAAACCUAUUGCAGCGACCUGAGACAUCGAGCGUACUCUCUUUCAUUUUUCAUCGCGUGUUUGCUCCUGCAGUUCCCACCGCGAGUGCUGAGACUAGUUAGAUCACACAUACGCGCGCGCUAUGGGACUUGCAAAUUCAGGGUUCUAUGUUAGG